UGUCAAGCGUACAUUUUUAGAAGCCUUGUGUUUGAUUUUCUCUCGAUUUAAAAUUUGCUGACAUAUGCAGCUGUUCCCUGAAUAGCUGGGGUUCAGACAAUGAGAGGGAUACUACAUGGCUUCCCAAACUCAGUCCUGGGCCCUCCAGUGUAUUGUGGCUUUUUUCACAACCUGUAAAUUCCUUGAUCAGUUCAGGUUGUUGAAAAUAUUUGCUCUUCCAUGAUUUUUACCUCAUCACCUUAUUUGGACUCAAUGCAAAUGGUUACUCACUGACAUCUGAUUCAUCUUAGAACCUUUAAUUUUCCUCACGGUUGUUUUCAAUAAAUAAAUGUCGACACCUUUGGCAAUAGGGACCACGCUGAUGUCAUCUGUCAGGCUGUAAUUUCAUUUAAAACAUGUAUCCCUUUCUAAAAGAAUCAUUUGCCCUGUGGCACUGCGCAUAAAAUAAAAGCGUUAGCUGAUCUGACUGAUUAAAGGUCGUGGGAUGUGGACGAGACGUGUUUCGUAGUCCAUAGGGCGGCUGAGACUUCAGCCAUGUUGAAGUCCUCCCGUGCGCACGGGGUUUGAUUCCCCGCCAGGGCACCUUCUCCCCUGUGGUCCCUAUCUGAUACCCUCUCUGCUUUCUAUCUGUCUUAAUAACGCAAAAAUAUAAAAGAAGGGUGGACUUUCCUGCUCCCCUUUAAAAAAUCCCUGGGAUGUGAAUAUGGCAUUGUGUCUUACAUGGAAAGCAUGGCUAUUUCUGACAUAAUGGAACCUUAAGAUGGUAUAUCGUCUGAUCCCACAGUAGAAAAUAAGUGUCUAAUUACAAACACUAAAAAAAAUAGAUAUUUUCAAUUCAGAAUCUUUUCAGGAUAUCUUUUUUUGAAAGAAAAAGCCACAUACCACAUCCCCCAGGACCAUCUUUGGGAAGCCCUACUGUUGUUGAGUCUUUAUUGGCCCUAAACCACCCAGAGCAAUCUCAAAGACUGUAUGAUCUGCUGUUCCCAUUCUCUUUGUGUUAUGGCUGGAAGCCCUGCUCACCUAAAAAUAAGGUCACCGGCAGGAAACCGAAUGGUUGUGGGUGAAGGCCUUAUCCCUGGAGAAUCCAGAGCACCCACACUUGUACAGACACCCUCAACCACAGCACAGGGUUGCCAGGUGGGUGAUGGGACCACAGCUGGAUGAAGCUGACGAGGGCCCACCCACUAGAGCACUAGAAACAGCGCAGUUGGAAACCGCCUGGAUGCAUGUGGGCACGCACAGCUAUAAAAGGGCGACAAGCAGUCACACGCCCAACAACUCGGCUCCCACAUGAUGUCUUCCACCCGAGGGGAAGUUCAGCAGUGAGGCUGUCUGCACGUCAUGUGCGGUCGCUGCCUCUGUUGUGUAAUGUCAAGUUCUUCUUUGGGCAAAAGACUCCUUCUCCAUUGUUCUCCCACUUGACCCCUGCUCCCUAACGCACUCCAUAUCCUAUUGUAUGCACAUGGAUUUUUGGACAAUGCUGUGGGAGUAUACAUGUGAAUUCUGUGUUGGCUGGAUGCUCAGUUGUCAAUGUACUAUCUUGUGAAUGGUUUUUUUUACCUGUUAUCAUUCAAGUAUUUGCAUGUUCCUCCACCAGUGAAAGCGUUCUCUCAAAGCACUAAGGAAAGAAAUGAAAGUGACCUAGACUUUUAAUCUGGAGCUAAAUACCUCAGCUGAAAAACUAUUUUCCUCAAAAUAGUCAAAGAUAAUUACAUCCAGCAUAAGUACUGUAAGGAAAUAUAUGAUUUAAUUACACCCAAUCCAGCUAGCAAUCUUUUUUGUAUCCUUUUCUUUUUUGAAUGUAAUUUAGUGAGUACAUUCUUCAUGUCAAUAAUUUUGGAAUGUGUAAUGUGAUUCACUCUUAGAUUAUAGUGUACCCUUCUGGUGUGUCGGUAUUAACAGUUACACUGUGUCUGAAUGAGCAUGCGUUAACUUCCUCUUUUGCUGUGUGUGUGUGUGUGUGUGUGUGUUUGCUUUGGUGACGGCAGGUCCAGGCAGGGUGUGUACCAGUAGGGUGUAAGGUUGUUCAGUGUGGAGAACAGUGCAAAGACAGAUUGACACUUACCAGAUAUUUUCUCAGACUUACAAGGAGACCAGUGAAAGUGAGAAUAUGACAAUUGGCAAGAGCUCAAGGAAGUCUCUCAAAUCACCCAAAUACCUGGACCGGUCCAGCGGGUUCUACGGACGCCUGGACGAGCCGGAGCAGGAGAAUGGGAAUGGGCAGGAGGCGGAAGAGCAGGGGCGAGCGGAUGGGAGGAUAGAUGGAAGAGAGAUGCAUACGCAGGUGACGCAGGGGGACGACAAGCGGGAGUCCGGAAUUUUCGACUUCAACCAGGGGAUGCUGGAGGACGACGGAACGGCCACGCUGCUGAGGAAGACCCCGGCCCGCCGCAGCAGCCGCUGGAGGAGGAAGAGCGGCUCCAAGAAGAAGCGCGUCGAGGCCGAGCCGGAGGACCCCGCUCCGGCAGGGGAGAGCGCGCCUCCGACCAUGGCCGCCGAGACCAUGGCGGUGGAUUCGACCGCGUCACAGACCCAGGACAACGGACACAUCCUGGUGCACUUCUCAGUCAGGGAGGAGGCAGACGACCAGGUCCUGAUCUCUCAGAAAGCAGAGAGGGAGACCGAGGUCCAGCGGGGAGAGGAGGAGAUCAAAGUGGCCAAGAGGGGCAAACUGAAGAGUUACCGAAAGGCCCUUGACCGCGCUCUCCGCAGAGGCUGGGAGACCUUCGUCAGCAACCUGUACAGUGUGACCCUCACGCCCGUCUCAUCUACAGAAACGUCGCCAUCCUCUUCCUCACAAGCAGGAGUGCUUCGGGGCUCUGCAAUAGUGGAGUACAGAUGAAAGAUCAAAGGGCCUAAGCCCAAAUAACCUGUAGAUUCUAAGAUCUAUUUAAUCAAAGCACUAAUUUUAUUUAAAGAUCAAUGUAUUUUGUUUGCAUAUGGUUCAAAGGGUUGUUCAAUGUGAUGAUUUUGAUAUUGAUGAUACAAGGUGCAAAGUAACAGUCCACUAUAUCAGUGAUAACAUCUGCAAUCAGCGUCUGACUCACCCUUGGUCAACUCACACUUGGUUAUAGCUUGCAUUAUAUAAACCAGGCUAAUUCAGCGUUAUCUAAUAUUUAGUAGAUAUUAUAAAUGCCUGUGGUGCCACAUAGUUCAAGGUACAACUUCUAUGACUAUUCUUAGGAAGUAUGUUAUAUAACCUGAGAACUGAGUGGUUAACUUUGAACGUCAUUCAGUAACUUGAAUCAGCCUGAGCCGCACUGGUGUGGACUGGGCUGUGUUUUUGCCAUCUGACAGCAAAAAUGACCAGUAGAAAUAAAACAUUUCUGAAUCAUAGUCUGUAUUAAGCCAAACUCAGCAUUUAAUAAGACCUUAUGACCACGAGUCAUCAAGACUCAUCACCAGUGUGACUGCAGAUCGUUUUUGUUAUGUGGUGAAGUGUAUGGCUGGACCAUCACUCCAAUCCAGUGUUUUGUGCAUGUAAGAAAAAUAUCACAGAAUGAUUGUAGGGGCCCUUUGGUAAUUGUGAUCUCAGAAAUUGCACUGUGACUCAUUUUCUUAUCGCCUGCGAUUACUUAACCAUCGUCCAAAAUACAUUUUGGUGAUCUGGUCACAUUCUUAUCACUUCCAUGUGAACAUUGCUGUCUGCCAUAUUCAAGAGGUCAGCAAACACACUGCUUGGUUUUUAAACGCCAUUCUGCUCUAUCUGUGAGUACUGUAUAUAUGGCAGUGAAGGUCCUAGUAACGUUUUAAUGAAAUAGAUAGAAUUACGUAUUUCAAUGAGCAAUCAGAUUCUAAGGUUAAAUAAAGCUAUAGGUUCCUGAGUGUGCAACCAAUGUCUUGAAAAGAUCAUGUAAUUUUCUUUAAGCCAAUGUGGUGUGAGUGCCAUAUUUUUGUUUUCAGUGUUUUUCAGCCACAUUAGUUUAAUCAUUAAGUAAUAUUUCAUUAUUAGAGCAUCUGAUUUAAUUUGCCAUUCAUGUGCAGGCUGUCCUUCAGAUGAUGAAAGCUUUGGUGUAAAUGUUUGAUCAACUCAUAUUUCUGACAGCAGUUUAAAAUGAAGUCGGUUGUAUGCGCCAUACUGACAAGACAAAAUUGCUGUAAUGUAAUGUGGGCUGUGAUAUUUACAGGCUUUCUUUUACAUUGCAAGGGUUUUUUUUUUAAAGAAUUACAGAAUCUUAACACACCUCUGUGCCUUUCUAAAUCAAUUUAAACUUCAAUUUUACAUUUUAAGAGAUUUCAUGUUACAGCAGCCACUGGGUAAUGUUAACAUGAUUACAACUGUGUCAAGCAAUUCUCACUUAAAUUAAACAGAGGUUGGUAUCAAUUGUACAGGCCUGAAAACAAGGGAACCAUGUCAUGUAUAUAACAAUUAGCUGAACUCUUUGAAUGCUAGCUGACCCUUUGUGUUUCUCAACAAAUCAGUUUAUUUAUGGUUUGGCAUGUUUUACAGGACUUUGUUUGGGACAGCUGUAUAAUCUUGUACCAUAUGAUGUAACAUAUCAGGUAGAGAAAUAUAUGGAGCUGAUACUGAAAGCUGUAUGUGAAUUCAGGUGUGAGACCAUAAAGCAUUUGUGCACAUCUGCAUAGAUAAAACUCAGGCACCUUGUGUUUAAAACGAUUCACAAAAUCAAAUUUUCUGCAUUUCCUGGGGUUUUGGUUCAGCAUUGAAGUCUGUUUUUGAUUAAUUAUUUAUACAGGACUGAGCUGACAGAAGGGAUGUGGAGUAUGAGUUUACUUAAAACUAACCAUUCAUUUCUGUCUAGUGUUUGUAACAGAAAAGUUAGUAAGUUAAGUGUGAAUAAAUCAAGGCCAAGUAUUGUCAAGGCUUCACCGUCAAAGUUUGCAGAACUGUGAUUUAAGCCCAGAGAUGAAAAGUCCAUGAUGUCUCAAGGACACCCAUGUGGUUCAUUAUGUAAGUCUGGGUUAAUGUAUAGUUAAAAAACAAAUAAACCAAAAUGAAUGAGGCAGCUA